GCGCCUUCCCGCGAGAGGAAGGCGGGCUCUGGGUUCCGGCGUGGUCUCCGCCGGUUGAGGGAGAGUAACUCUUGCUGCUGCAUCAUGGCGUCCGUUGGGACCCUCGCUUUCGACGAAUAUGGCCGUCCUUUCCUCAUCAUCAAGGAUCAGGACCGCAAGUCUCGUCUUAUGGGACUUGAGGCCCUCAAGUCUCAUAUAAUGGCAGCAAAGGCUGUAGCAAAUACAAUGAAAACGUCACUUGGACCAAAUGGGCUUGAUAAGAUGAUGGUGGAUAAAGAUGGUGACGUGACUGUGACCAAUGAUGGCGCCACCAUCUUAAGCAUGAUGGAUGUUGACCACCAGAUCGCCAAGCUGAUGGUUGAACUGUCCAAAUCACAGGAUGAUGAGAUUGGAGAUGGAACCACAGGAGUGGUUGUCCUGGCUGGCGCCCUGUUGGAAGAGGCCGAGCAGCUGCUGGACCGUGGCAUUCACCCCAUCAGGAUCGCCGACGGCUACGAGCAGGCCGCCCGCAUCGCUAUCGAGCACCUGGACAAGAUCAGCGACAGUGUCCUUGUCGACAUGAGGAACACUGAGCCCCUGAUCCAGACGGCGAAGACCACGCUGGGCUCCAAAGUGGUUAACAGCUGUCACCGGCAAAUGGCCGAGAUUGCUGUGAACGCCGUCCUCACCGUGGCUGACAUGCAGCGCAGGGAUGUUGACUUCGAGCUCAUCAAGGUAGAAGGCAAGGUGGGUGGGCGGCUGGAGGACACCAAGCUGAUCAAGGGCGUGAUCGUGGACAAGGACUUCAGUCACCCGCAGAUGCCCAAGCAAGUGGAAGAUGCUAAGAUUGCAAUCCUCACAUGUCCAUUUGAGCCCCCGAAACCAAAGACGAAGCAUAAGCUGGAUGUGACAUCUGUGGAAGAUUUUAAAGCCCUCCAGAAGUACGAAAAGGAGAAGUUUGAGGAGAUGAUCCGGCAGAUUAAAGAAACUGGUGCUAACCUAGCUAUUUGCCAGUGGGGCUUUGACGAUGAAGCGAAUCAUUUACUUCUCCAGAAUGACCUGCCGGCAGUUCGCUGGGUCGGAGGACCUGAAAUUGAGUUGAUCGCCAUCGCCACAGGCGGCCGCAUCGUCCCUCGGUUCUCAGAGCUCACAGCUGAGAAGCUGGGCUUUGCAGGUCUUGUGAAAGAGAUCUCGUUUGGGACCACCAAAGACAAGAUGCUGGUCAUCGAGCAGUGUAAGAACUCCAGAGCCGUCACCAUUUUCAUCAGAGGAGGAAAUAAGAUGAUCAUCGAGGAGGCCAAGCGUUCCCUUCACGACGCUCUCUGUGUCAUCCGAAACCUCAUCCGGGACAACCGCGUGGUGUACGGCGGGGGCGCUGCGGAGAUCUCCUGCGCCCUGGCGGUCAGCCAGGAGGCUGACAAGUGCCCGACCCUGGAGCAGUACGCCAUGCGCGCCUUCGCCGAUGCACUGGAGGUCAUCCCCAUGGCGCUCGCCGAGAAUAGCGGCAUGAACCCCAUCCAGACCAUGACUGAGGUCCGGGCCAGACAAGUGAAGGAGGUGAACCCUGCCCUUGGGAUCGACUGUCUGCACAAGGGGACCAAUGAUAUGAAACAUCAACAUGUCAUAGAAACCUUGAUCGGCAAAAAGCAACAGAUCUCUCUCGCAACACAAAUGGUUAGAAUGAUUUUGAAGAUUGACGACAUCCGUAAGCCUGGAGAAUCUGAAGAGUAAAGAGAGAAUUUAGAGUAAAAUGAGUAAGAUCCACUACUGUGACGAAAUAAAUAGGUGUCUUGUGCUGCAUCUACAGCUAUUUAUUGUUACGUCCCGUAUCAGACACUGUAGUAGAUGCUGUGACAACAGUAGCUGUUUGGUAGCCAUAGUUUCACUUGUUCAGAGACAUGAAAGUGUAGAGGUAUGAUCUCACAAGGUUUUGUAUUUGUUAUAUUAAAGGGAACUCUAAACAGCCUUUAUAUUCUGCUCUUCAAGUUAAACAUUCACUAUAACAUUCAUCAAAUGCCUUAAUUGAAGGAGUUUGAGUUGAAAUUUUUUUUUUUUUUUUUUUUAAAUGUAGGACCUGUUUUUAAAAACAGUUUUAAACGUUUGGUUUGUUCUCAAGACUUACUUUAACAUUGAGGAAUAUGGGCUUGGUCCUAUUAAAUUUAUUUAAGUGCUG